AUGAGCUCAAAUACCGACUUCCUCGAUGUCAACCCAGCGGUCUCAAGUGCCAGCACAAGUCGAAGAUCGAGUACCGCUGUCCGACCUCGAAAUAGAAGGCUCAUAUCCGUCAACAAUGAUGGUGAGGAGGAGGGACCGCAGACUUCAUCAACUUCUAGGGUCGCUUCUUCUUUCGCUCGGCUGACCCCUCCUCAGUCUCGAGGUACAACACCUUCACCAUAUGCAUCACAAAGGGGCUCGCCUCUCCCUCAGAAGCAAUUUUCAAGGGUAUCAGAGCGGGACCUUGGUGGUAGGUAUAGAGACGACGAUGACGCAUAUGGAAGCAGGGACACUUUUCAGCCAUUUAACUCAUCGCAUAACUCAUCUGGAUUUCUCGAGUCAUCAUGGUCGUCUAUCCAAAGUCUUACUUCGUCCUUCUUAGGGAACGAUCUGAAGUGGGGAAAGUCGGCUUCUAAUUCUACAAUUUCAACGAAACGCCGAAAGCCCUCUCGGUCCGACAUUCCUGUGAGUCUAUCGAAACAGCAGGGACCUUCGGCAUGGGGCCCUUCGGUUUCAUCAGGUCCACAAAUCGGUUCUGGAACAAAAGAAGAGCGACAAGCUUUGGUACAAGCGAAGAAAAGAGAGAUAUUGCUACUUGCCAAUGGUGACUCCUUGUCCGACCUCAGAGAUCGAUAUAAGCGGAAAGAUUCGUUGGAGAUUUCAAAUGAUAGUACAAUGGAUCCUGAGCUGGAUGAAGAGGCACUGGUUUACAUCCAUCACAUUCAGCCGAGUGACUCGAUGACAGGGUUAUGUAUCAAAUAUGGAUGUCAGCUUGCGAUCUUCCGAAAAGCGAACGGUUUCUGGCCGAGUGACAGUAUACAAACGAGGAAGAUCGUUCUCCUGCCGGCUGAAGCAUGCUCUGUCAAGGGCCGACGGGUAGACCGGCCUGGCAAUGUUGAUCUGCUGGGUGAUGAUUUGUCGGGUGAAACCUCAUCGGAAGACCCUGCUGGUAGCUCGAUCGUACCGAGCGAGUCCCCGCCUAUUGGCGAACCGUCCGAGUCAGUGCAAACAACCAAAAGUGAUAAUGAGCGCGUAUGGAAACAUGAAGCAUGGGUCAUGAUGGAAGGCUUUCCAAGCCCAGUCGAGAUUGGUCGUGUACCUCGCAAGACAUUAGGUUUCUUCCCACGCUCGAGGCGAAAGUCCUUAUCACUACCGUAUUCUGACGCCGAACCUCCAACUCCCACGAUACCUACAAGACUCAAUCGUAUAGAUUCUUCUUCAUCUUACCAGCGAGAUGGCUCGCCUAUUCCUUCCACGUCCUCGUCUCGUCUGACUUCACCACUUCGGUCCAGUCGAGCCGGUCAUAGGCGUACUAGCAGCAUCACGCUACAGGGACCAGGUGGUGUUGGGACAUUAGGUAGGGAGGUCCAUGCUCCAGGCCCUGCACAAGAUGGCCUUAACAAAUUUGUCGCGCAACAUCUUCCAAAUCUUUCAGUUCCUCCUCCACCGGCGCCUUCGACACUACGCAAGGCGUCAUUUGAUUCGACCUCAAGUGUGCUUUCAGGGACAUCAAGCACCGGUUUGGAAAAUUUCGGUGGAGCUAUCGAAGGAUGGAUGAGGAAGAUGGCGGUAAGGGCUAAAACAAGUCUAAAUGAUUUGCAGCCGGGAGGCUCCCAGCAGUCUUCACGUGGUCAAGCACUUGGUAUUGCGGGACUAGGUGAUCUUAUCGAACUCAAUGAUGGGCUUGAAGGAGGCAGUGACUCUGAAGUAUUGAUGGGCAAUGGUCAUACCGAAAGCCGAAAUGGUCGCAAUCAGGCUAUGGGCAACUACUCGCAAUACGAACGCUUCUCGAACUCGCCUUCUUCAACGACUCGCACCCGUCCUCGUCUAGACGCGCAUAAAAACGACUAG